CUGGAUUGGCUCUGCAGCUGUGUGGCACGCCAUGUGGUUUUGGGUGGCCCUGCUUGGCUUGGUGCUGCUGUGGAGGCUGUUUGAUGACAGUCGAGAGAACAAGAAGCUGCGCAAGGCGGUGCGCGUGCUGCAGGAGGCGGAGGGCAGGGCCGAGUUCCGGUGCCGCCAGGCGCUGGCUCGCCUGCACGAGAUCGAGGAGGCCGAGCUGCUGCUGGAGCAGCAGGUGGAGGCCAACAGCGCCACCAAGGACGAGCUGCGGGCGGACAUCCAGCGCCUGCAGGGGGAGGUGGAGGAGUUGAGGCAGGGCAAGGAGGCGGCGGUUAAGGCGGCGGCGCAGGCUGAGCUGGACGCCAGGCGUGCGCUGGCCAGCCAGGCGAUAGGCACCAAGGCGGCGCAGGCGAGCGGCGGUGCCACGCGCUGCCGCAGAGCGAUGCGUGGCAUGCAGGCGGCUGCUGGGCGUGGUGGCAUGGCCCUUGGGAGCCCAGCAGCGGCUUUGCACACGUCCUGUUUUGUUUCUACCCUGGAGACCGAGGCCCAGCGGCUGCAGCGCCUGGCCGAGGCCGACCGUGCCGACGCGCUGGCCGAGCGCGACCAGGCAGUGGCGGCGCGGCAGGCGGCAGACGAGGCGUGCCAGCAGGCCAUCGAUGAGAAGGAUCGGUUCCUGGCCCAGAAGAGUGCAGUGGAGGUCGCGGCGGCAGAAAACGAUCGGAUUCGCGCCGAGGCGGCGGCGGCCGGGGCGGCGCGGGAGGCGGCGGAGCAGCGGCAGCGCGCCGCCGAGGCCGCCCAGGCCGCCGCGCAGGCCGCGCAGCAGCGGGCGGAGGGCGAGGCGCGGGACGCGCGGCAGGCGCAGGCCGCGGCAGAGGCGGCGGCGGCAGAAGCGGCGGCGCGGGAGGAGGCCGCCGAGGCCGCGCCUGCGCAGGCGGCGGCGCAUGCGGAGGAGGAGCGGGAGCAGCUGCAGGGGCAGGCCGAGGAGGAGCGGGAGCGGCUUGAGGGCGAGCUGGAGGAGGCUAGGCAGUACGGCAAGCAGGUGGAGGAGCGGCUGCAGGGAGAGGUGGAGGCGGCGCGGGCUGCCGAGGCGCAGGCUGCGGCCGGCCGGCGCGCCGCGGACCAGCGGGCGGCCGACCUGGAGGCUGCUGCUGCGGCUGCGGCGGCAGAGGCACAGGCGGAGGCGGAGGCUGUGGCCAGCGAUGUGGCGGCGCAGCUGGAGGUGGCACGGGCCGACCGCGAGCAGCUUCGGCAGCAGGUGGAGGCGCUGGGGCGGGAGCUGCAGGAGGCCGCCUUUGAUAAGGACCAGCUGGAGCGGGAGCUGGAGAAUGCCGCGGACGAGCGGCGGCAGCUGCAGGAGGAUGCCGACGCCGUGCAGGCGCAGAUGCAAGCCCACAAGGCGUCGCUUGAGCAGCAGCUGGCGGCGGCGUAUCAGGAGGCGCGGCUGACCGCAGAAACGCUGGGCCUGCUGCGCCAGGACCGCGACCACACCCUGGCGGCGCAGGCCGAGGAGGUGGCGGCGCUGCAAGCUGAGCUGGCGGCAGCACGGUACGAGCAGGACGGCCAGCUGUGCCAGCUGGCCGCCGACCUGGGGGCGGUGCGGGGGCAGCUGGGCGCGCUGCAGCGGGAGCGGGGCGGGCUGGCCAAAGCCGGCGGGAAGCUGGCGGGGGAGCGGGAGGGCCAGGCGCGCGAGCUGGCCGCGCUGCGGCAGCAGCUGGACGGCGUGCACGCGUUGCAGGCGGAGCCGGAGGCUGCGCAGGCGCAGCUGGAUGGCGCGCGUGCUGAGCUGGCAGAGCUGCGCACCAGCUUCCAGAAGCUGAGCGCCGAGCACAAAGAUUUGGAGGGGCAGCUGCAGGAGAGCCAACGGACGGCAGAGGCGCAGCGGCGGCAGCAGGAGGCGAGGCAGACGGAGCACCACGGGGAGCAGGCGGCGGCGGCGGCUGCGGACAAGGAGCGGCUGGCUGCCGAGCUGGAGCACACGAAGCAGCGGCUGGCCGAGGCGCAGGAGGCGGCUGCGGCGGAGGGUGACAGCAUGCGGCAGGGCAACACGCGGCUGCUGAACAAUGCCGGGGCCAAGAUCAAGGCGAUGGCCAAGGAGCGCGAUGGGGCGUUAAAGGAGCGGGAUGAGCUGCUGAAACUGCGGGAUGAGCUGCUCAAGGAUCGCGAUGAGGCGCGGGCCCUGGCCAAGCUCUCCUUUGACGGCAGCGGCCCGGGGUCGCCGGCGGCGGGCCGCGCCAGGGCGACGUUGGCGUCAGAAGCGGAGGAGGUGGCGGCGGCUGCCGCGGCCGCGGCGGCAGCAGCCAAAGCUCUGUCCCCACGACGCACGGGCGCGCGCACAGAGGCGUAG